UUUAGAAUCCAUUUUGUUGUUACGUGACGUCAUAUUAACAUUCUGGAAUACGACGUUCAUGGGAAAUACCCUGAUUCGAUACAAUGGAUUUGAAGGAUUUGUUAAAAUGCGAAAUCUGCGGCGAAUGUUUCAAGGAUCCCGUAAUGUUGGUGCCAUGUUCGCAUAAUUUUUGUUCAUCAUGCAUUGAACGCAACGAUCGACAAUCGUGUGUGAUUUGUAAGAAGAAAUAUUCUUCAUCUCAAAUUGUACCAAACAUAAUUAUUCAACAAUUUAUCAAAUGUUUACAAAAUAAAAGACCAACGCACCAAAUCAACCCCAGCCAAGUUAAUUUAGAGAAAAAAUACAAAGAAAUAAUUUCUGAAGCACAAACUUCAGUUCAUAGUAUUGACUUGUUUAUGGGGCAUUGUGAUGUCAUACAACCUGUUGUGACAUGUAAAUAUAGUCCGGGGAGAAAAAAAGUUUUAUGUCCCUCGUGUGAAAGUUUUGUCGCAAAGAAUCAAAUUAAUUUUCACCUCGAUUCGUGUCUUGCAAGAGAAGAAAAAAGAGAAUGUUUAAGGAAAAAACAAAGAAAUAAAAUUUCCACCAAGCAUAAUUCAUCACGUGACCUGGUUUCGACCAAUGAGAUUGCUGACGAACACUCAAUGCCAAAGGAAAAAGCAGAUAAAACAAACUUGGACCUAAUGCUUAAAGACGACAGCCAAGCAGAUGAAAUAAAACAAUUUAUUGAUGCAACAUUUUCUUAAUAAACGAUUUGAAUGAUUUUA